AUUUCAGUUUCGGUUGGUUUUGAGAAACGGCUGCGGUCUCCCAGCCGUUUCUGACUCCCGUGAACGCAGCAGCAGGAAUCGAGGACAUGGGACCGUGAAAGUAUGGCGGAUGCCGAGGAGCCGGAGAAGAAAAGAAGGCGAAUAGAAGACCUGACUGACAAAAUGGCUGUUGAUGGCGGGCACAGGAUCAGCGGUUGCAGCUGGGAUGGUCGCUGGAAUCACGUCAGGAAAUUUCUGGAACGUCCGGGGCCGUUUACCCAUCCCGACUUUGAGCCGAGCCCUGAGGUGAAGCAGAGUUGCUUCAAUGAUGCUUCUUUACAGUUUUUGUUGGAGACCUGCAAGAUCCUGGUGAUUGGGGCAGGAGGGCUCGGUUGUGAACUUCUUAAAAAUCUGGCUCUAUCUGGGUUUCGCCUGAUUGACGUUGUCGACAUGGAUAUUAUUGAUGUGUCGAACCUCAACAGGCAGUUUCUUUUCAGGCCCAAUGAUGUUGGAAGACCAAAAGCAGAGGUAGCUGCUGAGUUCAUCAACAGUCGUAUCCCAGGAUGCAAAGUACUCCCUCACUUCAAAAAAAUACAAGAUUUUGAUGACUCCUUUUACCGCCAGUUCCACAUAAUUGUCUGUGGACUGGACUCCAUCAUUGCCAGACGUUGGAUGAACGGCAUGCUGAUAUCCAUCCUGAGCUAUGAUGAAGGAGUCCUGGAUCCCAGCUCCAUCAUCCCUCUCAUUGAUGGGGGGACGGAAGGCUUUAAGGGAAAUGCUCGAGUCAUUCUUCCGGGCAUGACGGCGUGUAUCGACUGCACGCUGGAGCUGUACCCGCCACAGAUAAAUUUCCCGAUGUGCACCAUUGCCUCGAUGCCCAGGCUGCCGGAGCACUGCAUCGAAUAUGUCCGCAUUCUACAGUGGCCCAAAGAGACGCCGUUUGGAGACACAAGUUUGGACGGUGAUAAUCCAGAGCAUAUCCAGUGGGUGUUUGAAAGAUCCCAGGAAAGAGCAGCGGAGUUUAGCAUCCCAGGCGUGACCUACAGACUCACUCAAGGAGUUGUGAAGAGGAUCAUUCCUGCUGUAGCAUCAACGAAUGCUGUUAUUGCUGCUGCCUGUGCAACUGAGGUUUUUAAAAUUGCAACCAGUGCUUAUAUUCCCUUAAAUAAUUACCUGGUCUUCAAUGACGUGGAUGGACUGUACACCCAUGCUUUUGAAGCUGAGCGAAAGGAAAACUGUACAGCGUGCAGUCAAGUACCUCAAGAUUUGCAGUUCCCGCCCUCUGCCAAGUUACAGGAGAUUUUGGAGUACUUGACGGAGAACUCUUCCCUCCAAAUGAAAUCUCCGGCCAUCACCACAGUUCUGGAAGGAAAGAAUAAGACUUUGUAUCUGCAGUCUAUAAAAUCUAUUGAAGAACGCACCAGACCAAACCUCUGCAAAACUUUAAAAGAGCUGGGCUUGUCAGACGGCCAGGAACUAGCCGUAGCCGACGUCACCACGCCGCAGACCGUUCUCUUCAAACUCAACUUCACCGCUUGAGCAAAAUGACCAGCAGCGAUCCACAGACUGGAUGAUAGAAUGACUUGGAUGUUUAUGUUUCUGUAGAACAUUUGAUGUUAUGAUGUAAAUAAGAUGCUUAACUCCUCAAUAGUAAAAUGUGAUGUAUACCCAUUAAAUCAUUUAAUCGCACUUUU